CGCGCCCUGCCCGCCGCCGCCGCCGCCACCGACUCUCCUGCUCCUAGCGCCACGGACGCCGAGGACCAAGCGGCGGUGCGCUCUGGUGCCAACCCCAGCGACAGACGUCCGGACCCGCUGACUCCCGAGUCUCGCUCUUGCACCCUGCGUCCCCAAAGAUGAAUGUGAGGAGGGUGGAAAGCAUCUCGGCUCAGCUGGAGGAGGCGAGCUCCACAGGCGGUUUCCUCUACGCUCAGAACAACACCAAGCGCAGCAUUAAAGAGCGACUCAUGAAGCUCUUGCCCUGCUCAGCUGCCAAAACGUCGUCUCCUGCUAUUCAAAACAGUGUUGAAGAUGAACUGGAGAUGGCCACCGUCAGGCAUCGGCCUGAGGCCCUGGAGCUUCUGGAAGCCCAGAGUAAAUUUACCAAGAAAGAGCUCCAGAUUCUGUACAGAGGAUUUAAGAACGAAUGCCCCAGUGGUGUUGUUAAUGAAGAAACCUUCAAAGAGAUUUACUCGCAGUUCUUUCCACAGGGAGACUCUACAACGUAUGCACAUUUUCUGUUCAAUGCAUUCGAUACGGACCACAAUGGAGCUGUGAGUUUUGAGGAUUUCAUCAAAGGUCUUUCCAUUUUACUCCGAGGGACAGUACAGGAAAAACUCAACUGGGCAUUUAAUUUGUAUGACAUAAAUAAAGAUGGCUACAUCACUAAAGAGGAAAUGCUUGAUAUAAUGAAAGCAAUAUAUGAUAUGAUGGGUAAAUGCACAUAUCCUGUCCUCAAAGAAGAUGCUCCCCGACAACAUGUUGAGACAUUUUUCCAGAAAAUGGACAAAAAUAAAGAUGGGGUCGUUACCAUAGAUGAAUUCAUCGAAAGUUGCCAAAAAGAUGAAAACAUAAUGCGCUCCAUGCAGCUCUUUGAAAAUGUGAUAUAACUUGUCAAAUAGAUCCUCAAACAGAUAAAUGUGAACUACCCUACCACACUUAAGUUGGAGCUACCACUUUUAGCAUAGAUUGCUCAGCUUUACACUGAGGCAUAUUAUGCAAACAAGCUUUGUUUUAAUAUAAAACAAUCCCCUGAAGAUCUGAUUUUUUCCAUUAUAAAUUUGCAUCCUUUUCAUAAUGUCACUGAGUCCAUGAGAUGUUCUAACUCAUUUCAAACUCUAUGAAUAUUCAAAAGUAAUAGAAUUUGGCAUAUAGUUUUGAUUCUUUAGCCAUGGGAUUAUUGAGGCUUUCACAUAUCAGUGAUUUUAAAAUACCAGUGUUUUUGCUACACAUUUGUAUGUAUUCAGUCCUAGGAUUUUAAAUGGUUUUCUAAAAUAUCUGCAUCGGCAUUUAAUUUCCAAAUUUAAUUUCACUUAAUUCCAUUUAUGUAACAUUAACAAGAUUACUACCAAAACUAAAAAAAACAUAGUCCCAAUCUCUAUGUAUCUCCCACCUUCUGUUAAAGACAUUAAUUUACUGGCAUUUUUUAUAACAUCUAACAAGUUAGUUUAUUAUCAGAUAUCAGCAUAUGCCUAAUAAAACUUAUUUUAAUAAGCA